ACAAUUAUUAUACUUUAAUACACUUCUUUCACUCCUUUCAUGGAGUUUGAUUCACUCGAUUCCUUUUUGUACCUAAUUCAACAAUACCGCUAGUUCAUCACCCACUGAACAGGACCUUUGUCUCUAUAAACACAACGAUAGUGACAACACCAAAUAUCUCUCUUACAACCUUUAUCUUAAUAGUAAUAAUCAUAAUAAUUACAAUUUUGUUAAAGAAAAGAAUACAAACCAAAAAAAGAAAAAGAAAAUCCAACUAGACCAACUACAAAUAGACCAGCAGUAACAACAAUUCACCAAAAAGAAAAGAAAAAAAAAGAAAUAUAAAGAAUGCCUUCUCUUCCAAAAACAACCGAGUUUUACCUUUCCGAAACACCUCAAGAGCGAGAAAGACGAAUCCGCGAAUUAUUUGAUAGUCUGGAUCGAAAAAACAAAGGUGUUUUGGAUAGUGAAGCUAUCCAAAAGGGCUUUACGACCAUGACCCACCUUCCGGCACGAACAAAAUACGUCAACGAGCUACUCGACAGGUGCGACACUAGUCACGACGGUCUGGUUGAUUAUGCUGAGUUCAAGACAUAUGUGACCGACAAGGAGCGAGAGUUGUGGAAUCUGUUUGGAAAACUCGACCAGAGAGGAGACGGCCGACUACGACCGAGCGAUGUGGAAACUGCCCUCCGAGGAGCAGGAAUCGAGAUUUCUAAAGAAGAGUUUGGUCAUUUUAUACAAUUGAUGGAUUUAGAUGGAAAUGGUUCUAUUGAUUUCCAUGAAUUCAAAAACUUUUUGCUGCUGUUACCACAAUCCAACAUGAGUGACAUGUAUCAGUACUACCAAACAUCGACACAAUUAACCCAGGACGCAGAAGUGAUCAUUCCACCCACAGACGAGGCUGCUCAUCAUGCAUGGAGAUACCUGUUGGCUGGUGGUGUGGCUGGUGCGGUGUCUCGCACCUGUACUGCCCCAUUUGAUCGCCUCAAGGUAUAUCUGAUUACUCACAGUCGACAGACACCCCCGGUCACACUGACAAGUGCAAUGCGAGCCAUUUAUGAAAAAGGUGGCUGGAGAGGAUUUUUUGUCGGCAACGGUCUAAAUGUGGUCAAGAUUGUGCCCGAAUCAGCGAUCAAAUUCUAUGCCUACGAAACCUGUAAAGGGUUGAUGGCCAAGGCAUUGGAUUGCGAAGACAAGGAUAGUAUUCCGACCAGUGCACGGUUUAUUGCCGGUGGUAUGGCAGGUCUGUGUGCCCAGUUUAUGAUCUAUCCUGCCGAAACUCUCAAGACUCGGAUCAUGUCUCAAGGAGAACGGACGCAGGUCUUUAAGACAGCCAAGACCAUGUAUGCGCGUGCUGGAAUUCGCGCCUUUUGGCCAGGUUUGACAUUGGGAAUGGUUGGUGUUUUUCCCUAUCAAGCCAUGGAUCUUGGUAUCUAUGAAACGCUCAAGAUUUCAUAUCUUCAGUACGCUGACCGAGAGUAUGGAGAAUCGCGAGAUAGACAACCAAGUGUGCUUGUACUGUGGGCAUGCGGUAUGGUGAGUGGGUCGAUAGGUGCCACAAGUGUAUAUCCUCUUAAUGUCAUCCGAACAAGGUUACAAGCUCAGGGUACACAUGCACACCCUCAUUAUUAUGAUUCCGCUUGGCAUGCUGCAAGAGUCACCUAUCAAAAGGAUGGCGUACGAGGAUUUUACAAGGGACUGGGACCUACUCUUUUAAAGGUGGUUCCUGCUGUCAGUAUAACUUAUAUAACUUAUGAAUGGAGCAAACGAGAACUCGGUAUUUCAUAGUAUCACCAUUGCCAUUACCAUUACCAUUACCAUUUCCGAAAAUCCACACAAAAUUCUUCCCUUCUUCCCUUCUUCCCUUCAUUCCUUUCUUUCUUCUUUCCUUCCUUUAUUAAUCUUCUGUUGUUUUAUUAUUAUACAAGUCUCUUGCUCUAUAUUUGUUCUCUUUAUAUAUAUAUAUAUAUAUAUUUAUAUUAUAUUGUUUCUUGUUUGUUUGUUUUUUCUUUCUUUCUUGUCUUGAUGUAUAGUUGUUAUUUUUUAUUUUAUUUUAUAGUUGUAAACGUCUCCCGUCGAUGCUCCGCAUUCGGUGGAAGAAGCUCCAGAGUAAGUAAAGUGAAGUGUAUAUAUAUAUAUAUAUAUAUAUAUAUUGUUUUUCUUU